CAAAAAACAGGCAGCAAAAAAAAGUAAAAGAUAUGGGAGCGAAUUGGAAUUCGAUGAUUGUGAUUGUGUUUGUGAUGACAAUGGUAAUGGUAAUGGCAAUGGAAAUUGUCAAUGGAGAGACGUUGGCUCAAUGCCGUGAAGAUUGCAUUCAAGAGUGUGCCACCACCGGUGCACUUCCGAUCAAAUGCCUUCAGAGUUGCUUCCGUAGAUGUCACGGCAAACUUCUUUGAGGCAUAGAAGAGAUGAAGAAUAAAAGACUUGAAGUCAUGAAUCAGUGUUGGACUCUUGAGACUUUUACUUCCUUUUAUCCUUAUAAGUUAUAACAUCAAAUUGUA